GAUUUAUCGUAUGCUCUAAAACGGCGUUGACACUUGCCGAUGAGUAUAUCAACAGUGCACUUGCAACAUACACCGGCGAGAAUCAUAAUAAAUCGAGAACAAGUGGUCAUAUAUGUGGAUUCUUGUGCACAGCCGUUGGUUUAUACACUGUAGCUGCUCAUAUAAAGCAUCAUAUAGGAGACCAAGAAUCCUGUAACCUUUAUCUAGACACAAUCCAAAACAAUCUCAGCCACGUUUGUUUUUCCAAACAAACACCUAGCGAAUUACUCUACGGCCGCGCGGGGUACCUCUACGCUGAGAAAUUCAUAUCAGAAUUUAUUGACCCAAUGAAAGUAGAGCGAUCAAAAACCAUCAUAUACGGCGUAUAUGACGCGAUAAUCGACGACGGAGUGCGCACCGCCAAUCGUAUGAACAUCACCGCACAGACACCCAUGUUUUGGGUGUGGCAUGAUUCAGCAUAUAUUGGAGCAGCGCAUGGCGCGGCUGGUAUUCUUACGAUUCUAUUGCAGUUUCCGGAAAAAGUUAAAGAAACAUAUGAACAAAUACGAGAUGCGGUUGAUUUUGUGCUAUUUAAGUGUCAGACGGGGGCUGGGAAUUGGCCGCCUUCCUUGGAUAGCAGGAAGAAUUUGGUGCAGUGGUGUCAUGGAGCGCCUGGAGUUUUGUUGUUGGCUUGUAAAGCAUACGAAAUAUAUAACGAUCAAAAAUAUUUAGAUCUCGCAAAGAAAACCGCAGAAUUUAUCCAUUCCAAUGGUGUAAUCCAUAAAGGCGUCGGAUUGUGUCACGGUGUCUCUGGAAACGCUUACCCGUUUCUUGCAGUCUAUCAACUCACUCAGGAAGAAAAAUAUCUAGAAUGGGCAAUUGAGUUUGGUGUGAUUUGUUCGGAAUGGGAGGAAAAAACAACGCGGGGAGAGUUCCGAAAACCUGAUCGACCAAUGUCACUUUAUGAAGGCCUCGCGGGUGCUAUUUGGUGUGUUCCUCUGCGACUUGUAUUUCUGGGACGUCGAAGUAUUCAAGGGAUUCCCCGGAUUGACUGA